AUGCGCGAGGGGAUUGCCUUGAUGUUCUUCCUUCUUGGCCCUCUUGGAGGUUUGAGCAUAUUUGAUGGUUACUGUGCCAGACGCAUAAUCGAUGGCAAUGAAUACAGCGUAUCAUUGUUUGAUACUGCAGGCGGGGAUGAAUACGACCGCCUCCGCCCACUCGCUUACCCACAGACUGACAUUUUUGUAAUGUGUUUCUCUGUUGUCGAUCGGACGAGCUAUGAAAAUAUCAGUUUGAAGUGGGCCCCUGAGAUUGAACAUCACAAUCCAUCUGUACCCAUUCUUCUCGUUGGAACAAAGGUCGAUUUACGAAAUGAUUCUAUGCGAGACAGACAUAAUUCCAUACUGGAACACCAUCAUGGGAUGACGAUGUGUAAGGACAUCGGCGCUGCAUACUAUGUUGAAUGCUCUUCAUACACCGGAUGCGGUGUCAAAAGUGUCUUUGAAGAGGCCAUGAGGCUAGCAGCAAAUCCUCCUCCUAAACUCGUACCAGCUAGACGUAGAAAGUGUGUUGUUACAUAA